AUGGCACCAAAGAUUCAACAAACUAAAGCUGCUAAAGCUGCUGCCGCUUUAGCUGGUGGUAAAAAGGGUAAAAAGAAGUGGAACAAAGGAAAGGUUAAGGACAAGGCUCAACAUCUUGUCAUUUUGGACCAAGAAAAAUACGACAGAAUUUUGAAGGAUGUCCCAACUUAUAAAUACGUUUCAGUUUCCGUAUUGGUUGACAGAUUGAAGAUUGGUGGCUCCCUCGCUCGUGUUGCUUUGAGACAAUUGGAAAGUGAUGGUAUCAUUACUCCAGUAUUGAAGCACUCUAAACAAUACAUCUACACUCGUGCUCAAUAA